AUGUCCCGAUCUCGCAGAAAACAAUGGCGCAAAGAUCACCCCUUCGGCUUUUACGCUAAGCCUUACCGCACGCCGGAAGGAGUGCUGGAUAUGAAGAGGUGGGAAUGCGGCAUUCCGGGAAAGCCCAAGACGUUAUGGGAGGGAGGCCUCUUCAAGUUGGAUAUGAUCUUCCCUGAUGAAUAUCCGACUAAGCCCCCCAAAUGCAAAUUCGUCCCUCCGCUUUUCCAUCCCAACGUCUAUCCGUCGGGCACGGUAUGCCUUUCUAUCUUGAAUGAGGAGGAGGCGUGGAAACCGGCGAUCACAAUCAAGCAGAUCCUUUUGGGAAUCCAGGAUCUUCUGGAUGACCCUAACCCGGAGUCUCCUGCUCAGGCGGAAGCAUACAACCUGUACAAGAAAGACCGUGCUGCCUAUGAGAAGAAAGUGCGACAGGUUGUGAAGGAGAAUCCGGCACCUUAG